AUGUGGAGACACUCGAGGUCCGAUAGCCGCGUUAGCGCCGACGACAUGGAAAAAGAACAAAAUAUAAGUAAUGAAGUAUUGAAAAAGAAAAGAGGAAAACGGAGCAUCAUUAAAGAUUACUUGAUAGAUUUUACGGCUAAUUCCAAUCUUCACGGGCUUAAAUAUAUCGGCGAGACAAAUAGAACCUGGAUUGAAAAGAUAUUUUGGCUGUUUAUGUUUAUUUGUUGCGUGGUUCUUUGCUCUGGAUUGAUUAGAAAAGUGUGGAUAAAAUGGAACGAGAGUCCAGUGAUAGUUAGUUUUGCUGAAAAUCCGACUCCAGUUUGGCAAAUACCCUAUCCGGCUGUUACUGUGUGCUUCGAAACCAAAGCGAUGCAAAGAAAGUUUAAUUUUACGGAGUAUUUUCACUUAUACAUGGAAAACAAAGAUAAUCUUACAGAAUACGAGCAAUUCUUACUUGAAGAUAUAUCUAUGGUUUGUGAUGACCAUUUGGCACCAGCUAAUGGAAGGAAAUUUGCAUCUGGUUUCGAUACCGUGGAAAAUAUAAAGUCGAAAUUUGCAUCGCGCUACGGCACGCACUCUGAAUUCGAGCGGACAUUCUGGCGAUCCCGGCCCCGUCGAGCGUUUCGUGCCUAUGUGGCUCACGAAAGCUCCGGGCAUCAGCGACAACGAGACAAGCGGCGGUCGGCGGCACCGCGAACAUCGCGCCACGCGCCGCGAUUGCGAGCAACGGUUUCACCAAAUCUCACUGAAGUUUUCUUUGGUUGUAAAUGGAAAGAUAUCCCUAGCCAAAAUUGUUCGGACCUAUUUUCCCCUAUUUUGACGGAAGAAGGACUCUGCUACACGUUCAACACUUUGGGAGCUGAGGAAAUGUUCAGAACUGAGAACUUACAUGGUGAUUACCCGUAUUUGGAACACGAAAACACAGCAGAAUCAUGGAGUUUGGAAGAAGGCUACGAGCUAGGAACGCCAAUAGAAACAUACCCACACCGAGGCUCGGGAUACGGUGUCAAAUCUGGUUUGACGUUCUUGUUGAAAGCCAAAGAGGUCGACUUGGAUUAUCUUUGCCGCGGGCCAGUUCAAGGAUUUAAGAUAUUGUUGCACAAUCCGGCAGAAUUACCCAGGCUUUCACAACAGUACUUCCGAUCUCCUCUAUCGCAAGAAGUAGUUGUUGCGGUGAAACCUAAAAUGAUGACUACUUCCGAAGGCCUUCGACCUUACGAACCGACCAGGAAAGUAUUCGUUCCCUAG